AUGACACCAGUAACGACAAAGACGAUUCGGCCAGAAGUGCCUCCCGAGACGGAGAAGCUCUCGCUGCUCCACGGCCCAAUCGACCCUCCUCUGGUCGACCUGACGCUCGGGGAGCUUCUGGAGCUGCAGACGUACCAGCACGGCACGCACGAGUGCCUCGUCAUCCCGUGGACGGGCGCGCGCUGGACGUACAAUGACCUGAACCAGCAGUCGUCGUGGCUGGCGCACGCGCUCCUCGACCUGGGCAUCGGCGUCGGCGACCGCGUCGGCAUCAUGGCGGGCAACUGCGAGCAAUACGCCGCCGUCUUCUUCGCCGCGGCCAAGAUUGGCGCCAUUCUUGUUAUUCUGAACAACACCUACACACCGACCGAGGCCAUGUACGGCAUCCAGUUCUCCGAGUGCAAAGUCGUCUUCACCACGCGCAAGAUUGGCCGCAUGGACAAUACGCGCCUGCUGGGCGACCUGGACAACCUGGACCGAGGCCCCAAGGUGGUCAUGCUGCGGGGCGAGUCCGCCAACUAUGCUACCUAUGACGAUUUGAUCGAGUCUGCCAUGGGAAAGAGCCACGAGAAGCUCUACGAGGCGAUGCGGCGCGUGAGCCCGCAUCAAGUUGUGAAUCUGCAAUUCACAAGUGGCACCACGGGUCUUCCCAAGGCUGCCAUGUUGACACACCACAAUCUCGUCAACAACUCUCGUUUCAUUGGUGACCGUAUGCGUCUCACAUCAGCCGAUGUUCUCUGCUGCCCGCCGCCUCUUUUCCAUUGCUUUGGCCUUGUCCUCGGGCUCCUCGCCAUUGUCACGCACGGCGGCAAGAUUGUGUACCCUGCCGAGGUGUUUGACAUUGCCGCCACUCUGCGCGCCAUCUCGGACGAGAACUGCACGGCCGUCCACGGCGUGCCCGCCAUGUUUGACUCGCUCUUCCAGGCCGAGUUCCCGGCCAACUUCCGCUGCGACCGGCUCCGCACGGGCAUCAUUGCGGGCGCGCCGGUGCCGCGGUAUCUGAUGGAGCUGCUGGUGGAAAAGUUUGGCAUGACCGAGUUUACGUCGAGCUACGGGCUCACGGAAGCGAGCCCGACGUGCUUCAACGCCUUUACCGACGACAGCAUCGACACGCGGCUGACGACGGUGGGCACGCUCAUGCCGCACGCGCACGCCAAGAUUGUGGACCGCGACGGCAACAUUGUGCCCGUGGGCGUGCGCGGCGAGCUCUGCAUCGGCGGCUACCAGCUGCAGGCCGGCUACUGGAACAACUCGGCCAAGACGGCCGAGGUCAUGGUGCGCGACGCGACGGGCGUGCUGUGGCUGCACACGGGCGACGAGGCCGUCUUUGACGAGCACGGCUACUGCUCCAUCACGGGGCGCUUCAAGGACAUUAUCAUCCGCGGCGGCGAGAAUAUAUACCCGCUCGAGAUUGAGGAGCGUCUCCUGGCGCACCCGGCCAUCUCCCGCGCCAUCGUCGUCGGCCUCAAGAGCAAUCACUAUGGCGAAGUCGUCGGCGCGUUUCUUGAGCGCGCCCCGACGGCGGCAAAGAAGCCCUCGGACCAGGAGCUGCGCGACUGGGUGCGAAAGCGCCUCGGCGGGCACAAGUCGCCCGCGCACCUGUUUUGGCUCGGCGAGGGCGGCGUCCCGGCCGACGUGCCGCUGACGGGCAGCGGCAAGGUGAAGAAGUUUGAAAUGGCAAAGCUUGGAGAUGAGCUGCUUCGUAAAGAGACGCCUGUUGCCAAGUUGUAG